UCCUGAGCUCUGGGAUGGAGCCUGAGACUGUGCUGUGGGGCCCAGAUUCACAGGGCCUUGAACAGAGGCCCAACGACGUUCACAGAGGUGCCGAGAGUGGGAAUGAAGAGGAGAGCCCUCAGCAGGAAAGUUCUGGGGAGGAGAUCAUCUUGGGAGAUCCAGCUCAGAGUCCAGAAUUCAAGGACCCUCCAGAGAUGCCCCUGGAGAGACCCUCCCAGGAUCCCUCAGUUCCCCAGGACUCCCCAACCCCACUAGGUCACUCUAGCCCCUUGGACCACCAGGCCCCUCUGGACCCCCCAGCCCCCGAGGUAGUCCCUGCUGCAUCUGACUGGACCAAGGCCUGUGAGGCCAGUUGGCAGUGGGGGACCCUCACCACAUGGAACAGUCCCCCCGUGGUCCCGGCCAAUGAGCCCAGCCUGCGAGAGCUGGUGCAGGGCCGCCCAUCUGGGGCGGAGAAGCCCUACAUCUGCAACGAGUGCGGCAAGAGUUUCAGCCAGUGGUCCAAGCUGCUGCGGCACCAGCGCAUCCACACGGGUGAGCGGCCCAACACCUGCUCCGAGUGCGGCAAGAGCUUCACGCAGAGCUCGCACCUGGUGCAGCACCAGCGCACGCACACGGGCGAGAAGCCCUACAAGUGCCCCGACUGCGGCAAGUGCUUCAGCUGGAGCUCCAACCUGGUGCAGCACCAGCGCACGCACACGGGCGAGAAGCCCUACAAGUGCACGGAGUGCGAGAAGGCCUUCACGCAGAGCACCAACCUCAUCAAGCACCAGCGGUCCCACACGGGCGAGAAGCCCUACAAGUGCGGCGAGUGCCGCCGGGCUUUCUACCGCAGCUCGGACCUCAUUCAGCACCAGGCCACCCACACGGGCGAGAAGCCCUACAAGUGCCCCGAGUGCGGCAAGCGCUUCGGCCAGAACCACAACCUCCUCAAGCACCAGAAGAUCCACGCUGGCGAGAAGCCGUACCGCUGCACCGAGUGCGGCAAGAGCUUCAUCCAGAGCUCGGAGCUGACCCAGCACCAGCGCACGCACACCGGCGAGAAGCCCUACGAGUGCCUCGAGUGCGGCAAGAGCUUCGGCCACAGCUCCACCCUCAUCAAGCACCAGCGGACUCACCUGCGCGAGGACCCCUUCAAGUGCCCCGUGUGCGGCAAGACCUUCACCCUGAGUGCCACGCUGCUGCGGCACCAGCGAACGCACACGGGCGAGCGGCCCUACAAGUGCCCCGAGUGUGGCAAGAGCUUCAGCGUCAGCUCCAACCUCAUCAACCACCAGCGCAUCCAUCGCGGCGAGCGGCCCUACAUCUGCGCCGACUGCGGCAAGAGCUUCAUCAUGAGCUCCACCCUCAUCCGCCACCAGCGUAUCCACACGGGCGAGAAGCCCUACAAGUGCUCCGACUGCGGCAAGAGCUUCAUCCGCAGCUCCCACCUCAUCCAGCACCGACGCACCCACACGGGCGAGAAGCCCUACAAGUGCCCCGAGUGCGGCAAGAGCUUCAGCCAGAGCUCAAACCUCAUCACCCACGUGCGCACGCACAUGGAUGAGAACCUCUUCGUGUGCUCCGACUGUGGGAAGGCCUUCCUGGAGGCGCACGAGCUGGAGCAGCACCGGGUGAUCCACGAGAGGGGGAAGACCCCGGCCCGAAGAGCUCAGGGCGACACCCUUCUGGGGCUUGGGGAUCCCGCCCUGCUCACCCCGCCGCCUGGAGCCAAACCACACAAGUGUCUGGUCUGUGGAAAGGGCUUCAAUGACGAGGGCAUCUUCAUGCAGCAUCAGAGGAUCCACAUUGGAGAAAACCCCUACAAAAAUGCAGACGGUCUCAUGGCACACCCAGCCCCUAAACCUCCUCAGUUCCGAUCCCCCAGGCUCCCUUUUGGAGGGAAUUCCUACCCAGGUGCUGCGGAGGGCAGAGCCGAUCCCCCAGGACAGCCCUUUAAAAUGCCCGAGGGCCAGGAGAGCUUCAGCCAAAGGCUGGGGCUGCUCUCCUCCAAGUCCUACAUUUGUUCCCACUGUGGAGAAAGCUUCCUGGAUCGCUCUGUGCUCCUCCAACAUCAGCUCACCCAUGGCAACGAAAAGCCCUUUCUCUUUCCCGAUUAUAGGAUUGGCCUAGGGGAAGGGGCAGGGCCCAGUCCCUUCCUAAGUGGGAAGCCCUUUAAAUGCCCUGAAUGCAAAAAAAGCUUUGGCCUCAGCUCUGAGCUGCUGCUGCACCAGAAAGUCCAUGCAGGCGGGAAGAGCUCCCAGAAGAGCGUGGAGCUGGGGAAGAGCUCUUCCGUCCUCCUGGAGCACCUCAGGAGCCCCCUGGGGGCCAGACCCUACAGCUGCUCCGAUUGCGGGGCCUCCUUCCUCGAUCGCCUGGCCCUCGUCCGGCACCAAGAAACCCACACCCAAGAAAAGUCCCCUAGACCUGAGGAUCCCCUUCCAGAGCCAGCCACCUUGUCCACAAGCCAGGAAGGUGAGGGAGAGGGCCCCGCCCCCACAGGGAGCAGCCCCCAAAGGCAAGGGGAAAGCCCCAAAGCCCUCCUGGAAGAAAAGCCCUAUUUGUGCCCUGAGUGUGGAGAUGGCUUCACAGAAGUCGCAGCCCUCCUGCUCCAUAGGAGCUGCCACCCAGGUGUCUCCCUGUGAAAUGGGUCUGGAGGCCAGGGGCCUCUCCCAGGAGGAACACUGGAUCCCCAAAGAUAUUAUGUGGGGAAAGGAGGACAACCCUACCAGAUUGUAGAGAAGUGGAAGAUAAAGAACCCUGGGCAAAAAUAGUGCUUUGACAUCAGUGAUGAGAAACCCUAUAAAAUUGUUGGUGGGAACCAUUUAUAAGGCAGUAGAGAAAAACUGUUGGGUUAGAAACCCUAUAAAUAUGUAGGAAAAAAAAGCCCUGUAAGUCUGUAGCAGAAAAACCCUAUAAACCAUAGUGGAUAAAAGCCCUAUUAAUUGUAGGAAGAGGUCCCAAUAUGUCUCUAGACAACCCUGUAAAACUGUAUCAAAUCCUUAUCAAAAUCCUAUAGGGUCGGGGAAGUGCAGGAAACAGAGCAACGGCAUCGACUUGGAGGAGUGACCCUCAGGUGGUGUAGCAAACACCUGCCGUAUGCUUGUUCCGCAGUGUUCUCCCCCGUGGGAGCGUGAGAGGGAGCCUCCCUCCCAGCAGUUACACUUGGACAGUUACACUGAGGACAAUGCCCGGCCGGGGAGUAGCGUGGGAACUGGGUGGAAGUGGAAAAGGAAGAAAUCAAAGAGGAGGAAAAUAAGUGGCGAGGAGCUCCCAAGCCCACACAGGAGGCAGGACCCAGGGACUAGGAUGAGAAAGGCCAGCUCACUGCGCCGGGUUCCUUGGGGUAGGAGGCCAAUCUUAGAUGAAUUGUGUGUGUUAGGGGGAGAGGCCUGUGGAAUCCCUUACCAAAAAGAACCCAAAGAUAGGGAAUUGUCAAGCCUUCCUAAAGGCUUAAAUUUGGGGUGCAUAAAAACUUUGAGUAUAACAAUACCGAGAAACCAACACAAAAAUUAGGGGAAAGAGUGGGGGGAUUUCUGUUAAAGGGCUUUGAGGGAAGCAAACCAGGGUGGACAAACUGUUGAAAUGGAACCCAGCAAACUCCAGGCCAGUUUCUCCUGUUCCCGGGAGCUUGUUAAACUGCAAGUACAAGCAGAUCCCAGUUUGGGCCGCCAGGGUUCUCCCCGAGCCAGGCAGGA